CGUCCGAUCUGCGUCGUCGAAGGAGUACGUCGUCCAAUGGCCGGCAAGCAUGAUUGGCACGUGGGAGCAGUUUCCAAUGGUUGCCCGCAUAUGGAUUGAGCAGCUGCAGCGGCCGCCAACUGGGGUGGCUGCCAUGUGUGACCAGCACUACAUGGAGUGGUACAACCGGCACUCGCACCCGAGGUUGAUCAGAGACGUCCACCACGACGACGACGCCGAUGAUGAUGAUGUGCCACCGCCCACUGCCGUGGAUGCGUGGAUGGGAAAGAUGACGCAGUUGGGACACAGACUUUUUGAGGAGAGGGACAACAUGACGACUGCAACAGGCAGAGCUGUUAUUGAUGAACUGGAACGGGCCCUUGAGCAGUGGCAGUGGGCGUCACAGAGAGAUUAUUGAUAUGUCGGCAGUGCAUUUAUAUAACAUUUUCCUAGUUGUUUGUAAAAGUUAACAUUAUCUAUUCUUAUAAUUAUUAUUUUAAGUUCUUAGAAUUUGACAUUAUAUUUUUAGUUUUUAUAAUUU